AUGGCUAAAAGCACCAAGAAAUCCACUCGGAAAUUCGAGAAGAAUCAUCUUAAAGAUGUUCUUGAGAAAAGAAAAGCUGGUGCGAAAAUCAAGCAGCGACAGCAAGUCAAAGCCAAACGACAGGCGCGAAAUGCAAAAGAUGCCGAGUUCUUGGGGGGUAAAGAUGGGGAAGGAGAUCAGAAGCCGAUCGUACCGGCGAAGGAGGAUCCGUUUGGGAAAAUGAAUGUUGAUGACUUCUUUCAAGGCGGGUUUGAGAUUCCUGAAAAGCCAAAGUCGAAAUCGAAGUCAAAAUCUACCAACGAGAAACUUGGCAAACGCAAACGUUCAGCAGAAGCUGAGGAACACAGCGACGCUGAAGAGUCAGACGUUUCAAUCGAGGAAGCGCCUGUUUUGAGCGACAGCGAGGGCGGGAGUGAUUCGCAGGACGAGACUGGUAUGAGUAAAGGAGCUAUGGAUGCACUUGCCAAGAACGAUCCAGCAUUCUACAAAUACCUGAAGGAGAAUGACCCAGAAGCUUUGGAAUUUGACGAAGAUGCAGAUUUGGCCGAGGUCGACGGGUUAAGUGCCAGUGAAGCUGAUGAACCUCCUAAGAAGAAGAAGCAGAAGAAAUCGAAAAAGAAGGAGGCCCAGGCUGAGGAGGACGAUGAGACUUCGGAAGAGGAUGAGACAGAUUCGGCAGAGGUAUCCGCAGCAAUGGUUGCAAAGUGGACGAAAUCCAUGACUGAGCAGCAUUCAUUACGAGCUAUGCGACAAGUGGUGCUCGCAUUCAGAGCAGCCGCGCAUGUAAAUGAGGAUGAAGGGAAGGAGUACAAGUACACCAUAUCAGACCCUAAUGUCUACCACGAACUUCUCUUGUCGACACUUACGAAUGUUCCCAAAGUUCUUGGCCAUCAUUUGCCAGUGAAGGAAAGUGCCGCUGGCAAAGUCAGAGUCUCCACCGACUCGAAGAAAUUCAAGACGCUCACACCACUCCUAAAAUCACACACUUCGUCUGUCCAUCAUCUCCUCACAACACUCUCGGACGCAGCCACUCUAAAGCUCACUCUUUCUUCUAUAACUCCUCUACUUCCUUAUCUUCUAUCCUUCAAGAAAGUUCUUAAAAACAUCGUCAAGACAGUUGUUGAUAUAUGGUCCGACGCCUCGAGCUCUGAAGCCACAAAGAUCACAGCCUUCCUUGUGCUGCGGAGAUUGGCGGUGAUUGGGGAUCCAGGCCUCCGGGAAGCCGUAUUGAAGACAGUUUACCAAGGGUUGAUUAAGGGAAGUCGGACGACGUCUGUGCACACGGUCCAAGGAAUCAAUUUGAUGAAAAACUCUGCCGCUGAGUUAUGGGGGAUCGACCAAGAUGUAGGAUAUGCUACUGGCUUUACCUUUAUCCGACAACUCGCUAUACAUCUUCGAAGUAGUAUCACAAACAACCAGAAAGAGAGCUACAAAACUGUAUACAAUUGGCAAUAUGUUCACUCACUAGACUUCUGGUCAUGUGUACUUUCCGAACAUUGUAGCCCAGUAAAGGAAGCUGAGAGUGGCAAAGAGUCGCAACUAAGGCUGUUGAUAUAUCCUACCGUACAGGUUACCCUGGGAGCGAUGCGUCUUAUUCCAACUGCAACAUACUUUCCGUUACGCUUUCAGUUAAUUCGUUCACUUUUACGUUUGUCUCGAGCUACGGGCACAUACAUACCCUUAGCGUCUGCUCUCUUGGAAGUUUUGAACUCGGCAGAAAUGAAGAAGCCCCCUAAGGCAAGCACAUUGAAGAGUUUAGAUUUCGCAUCGAAUUACAAAGCACCCAAGUCUUAUUUGCGGACGCGGGUGUAUCAAGAUGGAGUUGGGGAGCAGAUUAUGGAAUUAUUAGCCGAGUUUUUCGUGCUUUGGUCUACCAGUAUCGCGUUUCCAGAAUUGUCCCUACCAGUGAUAGUCAUGAUUAAGCGAUGGUUAAAAGAUGCAGGAAACAAGAGUUCUGGGAAUAAAAACAACAAGAUAAAUUCAGGGCUGGUUCUUCUUGUCCAGAAAAUAGAGGCAAAUGGGAAGUGGAUAGAGGAGAAGCGAGCAAAGGUUGAUUUUGCGCCAAACAAUCGCGCUGGGGUGGAAGGCUUCUUGAAAGGAUUCGAAUGGGAGAAGACGCCUCUGGGCGCUUUUGUCGUGGGUCAAAGGAAGCAGAGAGAGGAGAAAGCUAAAGUCCUCGAAGAAAGUCGCAGAGAAGAGGAAAGAAAAAGGCAGCUUGAUCGCGAAAAGGGAAAAGCCGCUCCUGAAAGUGACGGUGAGAGUAUGGAUGAUGCAGAGGAGGAAGAAGACUCGGAGGCUGGGUUCUCGGAUGAUGAUGAUUGA